AUGAAUAAUUUCAAUGAAAAUGAUCAUUUGAAAGAAAUUCAUGAUCAAUCAACAAGAACUCUUCCAUAUUAUUAUGAUAAUAUUAAUCGUGAGAAAAGUGAAGAAAUUCUUGAAAAAGUAAAUCGUCCCGGAUGUUUUUUAAUUCGUACACAUCAAUCGAAUUCAUCAUGUUUAUUUCCAAGUCCAUAUGUUUUAUCAUUAAUUGAUCCACAAUUAAAAAUUCGUCAUUUUUUAUUAUAUAAAACAAAUGAGAAAUUAUUUAUUAAACCUUAUUCAAAUGAAUUUUAUUCUUCAAUUGAAGAUUUUGUUCGAGAACAUCGUGUUAAUCCUGGUUUAUUACCUUGUCCAUUAUUAGAAUAUCCAAUUCGUUUUCCUUCUUCUUCAUCAAAUCAUUUCUUUUCUUCAUUAAUUAUUGAAACAAAUCAACUCAUCCGUCAAGAAAUUCUUGGUCGUGGUCAUUUUGGAAUUGUUUAUAAAGGUUUAUAUAAAAAUAAUCCUGUAGCAAUAAAAACUUAUUCAUCAUCUUGUCCAUUAUCAUCUGAAGAAUGUCAAAUAAAUAUGUUAAAUGAAGCUCGAAUAAUGAUGUGUUUAAAACAUUUAUAUUUAAUUCAUUUAUAUGGAAUCAGUUCUUUUGAAAAUCAAUUUUGUUUAAUAACAGAAUUUAUAACAAAUGGUUCUCUUCUUCUUUGGCUUCAACAAAAGGAAAAAGAAAAAGAAAAAGAUGAUUUGUCAUUCAAAUCAAAUUUGUGUUCUCGUCUUCAAUUAUUUUCUUUUCAAAUUUGUGAUGCCAUGUCUUAUUUAGAAUCUCAAUUAAUUAUUCAUCGAGAUUUAGCGGCAAGAAAUUGUCUAAUAGACGAUGAAGGCAAUUUUGUUAAAGUUGGAGAUUUUGGUAUGGCAAAAUUUCUUUCUUCAUCAUCAUCAAUUUAUAAAGGAAAAUGUGAUACACCAUUUCCACUUCGAUGGUCUUCACCAGAAGUUUUACUUUAUCAAGAAUAUAGUUCGAAAUCGGAUGUUUGGUCAUUUGGAAUACUUCUUUGGGAAAUGUUUUCACUUGGUCAAAUGCCUUUUAAUGAUUCAAUAACAAAUGAUAUGGCUGCGAAAAGAAUUAAAACAGGACAAAUGUUAAAUAAACCAUCUUUAGCUAAUGAAAAUAUUUAUCAAGAUAUUAUUCAACAAUGUUGGAUAUUUAAAUCGGAUGAUCGACCAAGUUUUUCAAUUUUAAAAGAACUUUUUAACAAAAUCUUUCAACGAUCAACACCAUUGUCAUUUUCAUGA